AUGGGAGUUCACAGUGAAGAAGCGGAAACCUAUAAGAAUAAGGGAAAUGAAGCCUUUAAAGUUGAAAACUUUGAAGAAGCCAUAUCCCUUUACACCAAAGCCAUCGACCUCGCCGAGAGAGACAGCCGCGAUCUGUCUACUUACCUGAAGAAUCGCGCUGCGGCCUACUUGAAAACAAAAAACUUUGAACAAGUUAUCAAGGAUUGUGAUGAAGCCUUACGGAUUGUGCCGGAAGACCCAAAAGCCUUAUUUCGACGUUCACAAGCCUUGGAGUCCUUGGAAAGAUUUGAGGAAGCAUACCGUGAUGCAAAAGCUAUAUUUACUGUAGAUCCCACUAACAAGGCAGUGCAACCAGUGCUGUCGCGGUUACACGUUAUAGUACAAGAGCGAGCUAGGCAGAAUGCUCAAACCAGUAACAAAGUGGAACAAAUGUUUAAACUUGCAUUUAACUUGCAGGAAGAUCUUGAGAAACGUGAAAAAGCUAUGUCUAACCUCCUUGUGCUUGCCAAGGAAAAUGCCGGUGCAGAAAUUAUGCUAAAAAAUGGUGUAGUUCAUAAAAUACAACAACUACUUAAAGUUGAGAAACAUGCUGAAAUAUACAUUAAUGCAGUGAGAGUCAUUAGUCAACUUUGCAAGAGAAAUGUUGAGAGAACAAAAUCAGUGAUCAAGAUCGUUGGCAUACCCUGGCUGCUGGAAGUCAUCGAUAGCGAAAAUGAGGAGAGGGUCAGUGCAGCUCAGUACUGCCUUCAAGUUUUACUGAAUACAUUUUCUGGAAUGGAUAACAAAAAAGAUUCUAAACCAGACCCAAAACUCUGUGAUGAAUACAAAAGUGAAAUAGACACUCUACUUACUUGCUUAACAUACUCAAUAACAAACAGAGUUAUUAGUGGACAGGCAAGGGAUGCCAUUAUUGAGUUGAUCAUGAGAAAUUGCCAUUACAGUGCAAUAAACUGGGCUGAAAGGUUUGUGGAAAUCAAAGGAUUGCAUCGGCUGCUUGAGGUGUGCAGUGAAUUAGAAGAGUACAAAUAUGAAUCAGCAUUGAACAUCACCCCAUCUUCUAGGACCAUAGCUGCUGCUUGCCUGGCAAAGAUCUAUGAGAAUAUGUAUUAUGAUGAAGCCAGAGAAAAGUUCAAUAACCAAGUUGAUGAUUUUGUAAAAGAUAAGCUAAUGUCACCUGAUUUGGAGUCAAAAGUUAGAGUUACAGUGGCCAUUACUUCUUUGCUGAGAGGUCCUUUGGAUGUUGGAAAUUAUGUUAUUUCAAAAGAAGGUAUUAUUGAAAUGAUUUUGGUCAUGGCUCAAACUGAUGAUCCUCUUCAACAAAAAGUUGCUUGUGAAUGUUUGGUGGCUGCAGCAUCAAAGAAAGACAAAGCUAGAACUAUUAUUAAUAAGGGAGUUGACAUUUUGAAAAAGCUUUAUCAGAGUAAAGAUGAUGCUGUUAGAGUGAGAGCCCUAGUUGGUCUCUGUAAAGUGGGUAGUUUUGGUGGAGAUGAUGCAUCUGUACGGCCAUUUGCUGAUGGUUCAACUAAAAAGCUAGCUGAAGCUUGCAGGAAAUUUCUUGUUAAUCCAGCUAAAGAAAAUGAUGUCAGGAAAUGGGCUGCAGAGGGGCUUUCCUACUUGACUUUGGAUGCUGAUGUAAAAGAAAAAUUGGUUGAAGAUAAAGCUGCCCUCCAUGCUCUUAUAGAGCUAGCUAAAAGUGGUGAUCAAUCUUGCCUCUAUGGUGUUGUUACCACAUUAGUAAACUUAUGUAAUGCUUAUGAAAAACAAGAGGUCAUGCCAGAAAUGAUGGAACUUGCAAAGUUUGCCAAACAUCAUAUACCAGAAACACAUGAAUUAGAUGAUCCUGAUUUUAUUAAUAAAAGGAUAACAGUUUUAGCUAAAGCUGGUGUGACCUCAGACGAACGUACUGAAGGUGACGACGAUACAUCACAAGGAAGCCAGCCAAAAGAUGACAGCAGUGACUCUGAAAAUGAAAAUGAGCCUCAGAGCCAAAAUGGAGGCUCUCCUGCCCCUGAGGUUCACGAGAUUACUAGUGACGACGAUGAAGAUUGUGUAGUGACUAAUGAUGAUGAUGAUGACAGUUCUAAUUCAAGUACAGAUAGUAAUGAAAGUUCAGAUGAAUCACAAAGUGAAAACAAAAAUAUGCAACAGAAAAAAAUUGAAGAACAAAAUCUUGAAAAUGGUGGAGAUGAAUCAGACAUUGAAGAGGUGUCUGUGGAAGAUCCCCUGAAUGAAACUCCUUCCAAUAAGAACAAGCCUAUUGUGGUCAGUGACACUAGAAGUUUGGCAGACCUAGCGACUAAACAGUCAAAGUCUAAUGGAGAUCAGAAUAGUGAACCAACUGUGGUUAUAAUAGAUACUAAUUCUAUAUUAACCACCAAACCACCAGUAUCAGCACCUAGCAAACCCACCUCUACAAGUGCACUGGAUGCACACAACUUGUGUCAGAGUAUUGCAGCCCGUGGCACUACUAUUACUCCUGUCAGUGUGAAAAAUGCCAGUAACAACAGCAGCACUCAACCACCUGCACCUCUACCAAACAUACUGCCUUCCCUGACUGAUGACAUGUUCGUUGUUGAAGCUCCUUCCUUUAUAGUCCCCUAUGUUUAUGAAAAACCUUCUGUGAAACCAUUUAGGGAAUUUGUAGACAAGUUGGGAAAAGAAUUGGAAGAACUCAAAAUUAAGGAAGAUCAGGAAAAACUUGAAAAGGAAAAAAUCGAAAGAGAAAGGAAAGAAAAAGAAAGACAGGAAAAGAUUGAGAGAGGAGAGCUGGAAGAAGAUGAUGAAACUAGUGAUAAUAAAAGUGCGGAUGAUUCAAUCAAGGACAAAAAAUUGGAGAAAAAGCAGAAAAGGAAGCGGGGCCAGGAAGAAGAUGAUGACUCCUGGGAUGGUGAAUCUUCAUCAGACUCAGAAGGCACUGAUGAUGACGCUGUACUAAUUAAAGAUAGAGAUGAUACUAUUGACCUUAAAGACCCAAUCAGCCUGAUUGCUAAAGGACUUAGUGGAGGUAAACCAGACAGCUAUUUUGACUGUUCUCUUGGCCAAUUUUUUAUCAAUGUUGGUUUGAAUUUAGUUCAAGAAUAUGUACAGAGUGAUCUACUCAAACAUCAAAAUCGAAAAUUAUACAAGGAAAAGAAAACAGGCAAAAGCACAAAGGCUACGGAGGCAGCUAUAGCAUCACUUACCCAAAACUUAGAGUUCAGCAAGAAAACAAAUGCCCCUUAUGCUCUUGUUCAGAGACGAUGUGAGUUUUGUAGUUUUAAGACAGAAUCCAUGCUUGUAAUGGCGCAUCAUCUAGAGGCACCUCACAUGCGAAAUAAUAUCUACAAAUGCAAUUCAUGUGAGUUUGAAAUUCGUAGCCCCCAUGAUAUAUUGUUUCACAUGGAAGCUGAGCAUAAUAUUCGAGGCAGACUGGAAAGAGCCCCAGCUUACCAACAGUGUGCCAAUUGUCACUUUGAGGACAACAGUAAGACUAAAUUAGCACGCCAUCUUAUUGCUUGUGCUAAGAAAUUCAAACCAGACCUUAAUCUGGCUCCUCCAAUAGAGUGGGAACCACCUGCAAAAAUACCAAAAUUAACUCGGGCUCGCAAUAACAUGGUAGGCUCUUAUCAAUCUAACUUCAAUAGAUCACAGAUGAAUAUGAAUAAUCUGAGUCGGCCACAGAUAAAUAUGGCAAAUGUUAUUCCAAGUAUGCCUGUACUAGGCAGGCCCCGUGGUCGGCCCCCGACCACGGGCCCGCCACGCCCCCAGCCUGUGUCGGGAGUGCCGAUGAUACGCAGUGGUGUCAUGAUCAUGCACAACACUCCAGCUGUUGGUACCACUAUUGCAAACUAUCCUAUGAUACAAAAUCAGACCAACAAUGCCACACCUAAGAUAUCGAUUACUCCUCUUCCAAGAGCUCCACAACCAUCAUCAUCCCACUCAUCACAAAACUCCAAGGCAACCUUUGUCAUAUGUGAAAUUUGUGAUGGAUACAUCAAAGAUUUAGAACAAUUGAGGAACCACAUGCAAUGGAUACACAAAGUUAAGAUUCAUCCUAAGAUGAUCUAUAACAGGCCACCCUUAAAUUGCCAGAAAUGUCAAUUUAGAUUUUUCACUGACCAAGGAUUGGAAAGACAUCUUCUUGGUUCCCAUGGGUUGGUUACAAGUUCCAUGCAAGAAGCUGCAAAUAAAGGCAAGGAUGCUGGCAGGUGUCCAGUAUGUGGAAGAGUAUACCAGUGGAAGCUACUUAACCAUGUUUCGAGGGACCACAACAUGACUCUGAAGCCUGCGCACCUGUCAUACAAGUGCACAGUGUGCACAGCCACAUUUGGUAUGUACAAACAGUUUGAGAAUCAUGUCUACUCUGCUCACAGUGUUGUGGCCAAGCGGGUCAUGGAUAAGAGCAAGACACCCGCAUCUUCAACUAAACCUGAGUCAGAUCCUUUACUGAAACCUCUGAAGAUAAGUGAUGAGAUAACAAUCAUACCACAACCGGCAAAAUCAACUGUUACUAUCACAGCUAAAGGCAAAUAA